AUGUUGCUUACUCGGAAACGAAUCCCAUCGACGUAUCCGUAUAGAGUCGAGGAUGCGAGAUGGACGAUCAAAGACAAAUUGGAACAAUAUCGUGGGAUUCUCAAGUUGUACGCACGCGAAAAGAAAAUAAGAUGGCAGGACGCUGCGAAAUUGAGGAGAAAGAUAACCUGGCAGUUAAACGCGUACGAACGAGACGUGAACGAUUAUCGGCAAAUCGUCAACGAAAUAACGAGAGCUACUCCGAAAGGUCGUGCGUACAGUUUGCUACGCAGUCGCAAAAAUUUAAGAUUAAAGUACCACGGCCGAGAGACGGAAAACGUUUGCGACUCCAUUUACGAGGAGAAUCACCGGAAACGCUGUCGCUUGGACCAGCUUCGUUGCGAGAAGAAACGAAAGAUGAAACGAUGUUUCGAGCUACAAGUAGAACACGCAGAAUUGUGCAACGUCUACGAGCGAGAGAAAGACGCACCGUGGACUCUGGAUCGAGAGCAACAAAGAUUGGUGUCGCGAUACCAAAAGUCCAUAGCGAGGCAAAAUGCGGCAAAAGCGAUUAACGUAACGUACACUUGCAUGGUCGAGAUCUUGAGAAAGGACGCGGUGCAUCGGGAAAGCUUGUUGGACACGUUGAAGCAAAAUCGUACGAGUCAGUGCAAGGUGAUACUUCGAACGACGAUAAUGGGCCAACUGGCUACCGAGGAAACCAACGACGUUGAAUCCAAGUACAAACGUAUAGCGCAAAACGUUUGGACCAACAUGAAGGAGAGGGAACGCACGCUGGCGUUUGUGCGCGAACAGGUCGACGACUUGUGGUCGUUUGCGCGAUCGCUCGUUCGCACCGAGAGCGAACCGAUAUUGACCAGGGGAAUUAUUCGUGCUGGAGUCGCGUCGAACGAAGCGUUGGAGAAGCAAAUAACAUCUUUGGAAGAGAUAUUCGGCAGAGUGAAGGAUUCGUUGCUCGUACAUUCCUAUCGAGAGUUGCUCUCAAGGUUGGAGGAACGAACGAAGCAGCGAACGCGAUUGCUGGAACAAUUCGAUCGCAACGUGAGAGAGCGCGAUUCGUUGCUGAGCAAGAAAGACGAGGCACUGUCCGCGCUGUCUAAUUUCGAGCAUUCGCUCGUGGCUAGCGUUGAAGAAUACAACGCGGAUAAAAGUAUCUUGCUGGAGCGGAUCGCGAUGCAAAAGAAACGCGAGCUCGAGCGCAAAAACUUGAAGAAAGAACGAGGUGAAUUACUGAUGGACGUGAGAGCGGCGUUGCAGAAUAUGGUAGCGAUGUUGGUUUGCGUCAAAAGAGGCGACAGAGUAGCAGCGAAGAGGCCAACGGAAGAAUCCGACGUGCCAACGACGAUAGAAAAGAUGGAGGCGGAAGGUUUAGCGUUGUUAUCGACGGUCGGUCGAAAGGUAGGGGCGCUGUUUGGAAUGAGUAAUUUCGAAUUUGACAAGGACAGAGAAGAGAAAGCGAAAGAUCUGUACCAAACUUACGUAUCCAAUUACCGCUCGAAGAUCAAGUUCGAAGACGAAGCGGAAGCGGAACCGACAGGUCUGAUCGUUGAGCACGAAGCGAUCGAUUCUUCGGUACCAACGCGGGCAGAGAUCAAGUUGAAGAGUAAACGAGCUGUGGAAGCUCGUUCGAGACUGGAGUGA